AUGGUUUCAUAUUUUUUACAGAAAAACUCGAUUCUCAAGAAGAAUGAAGUGUUGUUUCUGCUCAACAAGGAUAAAAGAUUCGAGGAAAAAUUCAUGGAGCAAGUUCAGAAGACAUUUCAACUUCUCGCGCGAAAACCAAAUGAUUUGAAAAAGUUUUUCGAGCCCAAAACAGAGGAGUCUUCAUCGACCAAGAAAGAACCAGAAUCUUCUCCAAAAUCAUCUUCAAAAAAACCAGAUGACAGUAAUAAUCCUUUCAAUCAAUUUCCUGGUGGAUGGCAACAAAUCGCAAUUUCCGUCGGAAUUCUUCUAGCUCUAUAUUUAUUCAUGGAUUAUCAAUCAUACAAAGAGAUUUCGUGGAAAGAAUUCUAUAAUGAAUUUUUGGAGACGAGACAAGUUGAAAGACUUGAAGUUGUUGAUAAGAGAUGGGUUCGAGUUGUUAGUUCAUCGGGAAAAUAUCCGGGACAAACUUGUUAUUUUAAUAUUGGAAGUGUUGAUAGUUUUGAGAGGAGUUUGGGAGCUGCACAACAUCAUUUGGGAUAUGAUGCUGAUCAACAGAUUACUGUGCUUUAUAAGACUGAAUUUAAUUUGUGAGUUUUUUUGGGGGGAAAACUUGAAAAUUCAAAAAAAAAUUGAAGCUAAAAACCCUGGAAAUUUGAAAAUUCGAACAUUUCGGGGCCAGAAAAUUGUUUGUGAAUUUGAAAAGAAAAUUCAAAUAAUUUUAGCGCCAAAAACCACGUGGCAAAUUCAAAAUUUGUUUGAGAUUUUAUCAAACAAAUUUCUGGAAAUUUUCUGCUGAAAAUCCACGUGGCGAAUUUGAAGAUUAAAAAAUUUCAUCACAAAACCUCAAAAUAAAAUUGAAAUUGAAAAUUCUUUCUGAUCUUGAAAUUUUCAGCUUCAAGAACCCUGAAAUUUGAUUUUUCACUCAAAAUUUGGAAAAAAUCAGUUCAAAACCCUUUUUUUACCCUAAAAAAAUUCCAUCUAGUUUUUCAGCCAAGUUUAAUUUUUAAAGUUUGAAAAUCCCCUGAUUUUUAUCAUAAAAGCUAAAAGUUGAAAAUUCAUUCUGAUCUUGUAAUUUUCAGCUUCAAGUAACCCUGAAAUUUGAUUUUUCACUCAAAAUUUUGAAAAAACCCUUUUUUUACACUAAAAAAAUUCUAUAUUGUUUUUCAGCCAAGUUUAAAUUUUAUAGUCUGAAAAUCCCCCGAUUUUUUCAGCAAACGUGAAAUCCCGAAUCUAAUCUCAGUCGCUUUUCCUCUUCUCUUCGGUUAUUACAUCUAUCGAAUGCUAAAAGGCGGUGGCGCAGCUGGUGGCGCAGGCGGAAAAGGCGGUGGAAUCGGCGGAAUGUUCGGCGGAUUUGGUCAAUCAACAGCUCGUGUAAUUAACAAAGAAGACAUCAAAGUGAAAUUCGGCGAUGUUGCCGGUUGUGAGGAGGCAAAAAUCGAAAUUAUGGAAUUUGUGAACUUCCUCAAAAAUCCUCAACAAUACAAAGAUUUGGGAGCGAAAAUUCCGAAGGGCGCAAUUUUAACCGGACCACCAGGAACUGGAAAAACAUUAUUAGCAAAAGCCACCGCUGGUGAAGCCAAUGUUCCUUUUAUAACUGUAUCUGGUUCGGAAUUCUUGGAAAUGUUUGUUGGUGUUGGACCGGCGAGAGUUCGAGACAUGUUUUCGAUGGCAAGAAAGAAUUCGCCGUGUAUUUUGUUUAUUGAUGAAAUUGAUGCGGUUGGAAGAAAACGUGGUGGAAAAGGUGGAAUGGGUGGACAUUCGGAACAGGAAAAUACUUUGAAUCAAUUGCUUGUUGAAAUGGAUGGUGAGAUAGAUUUUGGGGCGAAUUCUAAUAAAAAAUAUCAUAAGUUUUUGAAACAGUGAAAUUUUGUUUUUUCUAAGUUUAUACAUUUUCAACUAACAAGUUAUAUUAGAUAAUCCGAUUCCAAUAAAAUUCACAAAUUUUGAGAACAUCUAAUUUGUCUUUGAAACAGUACAUUUUUUUGUUGUUGAAAAUUUUGAAUUCAUUUUUUUCAACCAUUUUUUUCAGUGUCACACAGAGAGAAAAAAUCGACAGCAUUUCAUUAAAUUCCUGUCUACGUUUUUGAUUGGCCCACGUGAAUAAGCCACGCCCAUUUCAUUUUUUCAUUUUCAAAAUUUAUUUUAUUUUCUUUUUUUGGUCGCCUGGCCUAUUUUUUGUUGUUUUUCCUUGAAAAUCACGAUUUUUCGCUAAAAUUUUUUAUACAGUUUUUAGAACUCGUAUAGAUAAUUGUUCCUAUAGCUUUAUAAUUUUUAGUUUCGCUAUGUUCCGAAAGUUUUAACGAUUUUUGUUCAAAAGUUCUCAAUAAUUGCGGUUUUUCCAGUAUUUUGGGUACAAAUCCUUGUCAUAAUCCAUCAGAAAGCAUUCAAAAGUAACGAAUAAACUGAUUUGAUGAUUUGGAGUCGAUAUUGAGGCAGUUUUUGCAACAAAAAACCCACAAACUGAUACUUGGAAAAAAGCGGAAAAAAUAAGAAUUUUCACCGAUAAUUUGUCAAAAUUCAACGGUUUUGCAUUGUGUAGUUGAUAUGGUGCUAAUUUUUCCAUUUUUGAUGAGUUAUAUGGGAAACUUGGUUUCAUUUUCAAUAAAUUUUUAUUCAAAAUAUUUCAAGCAUGAAAAAAUCCGAAUUUUGUGUCAAAUUGAAGACUAGAAGCAUAAAAAAACUGGCUUCCAUCAACAUGUCGAAAAGAACACUUUGAAAGUUCUACAUUUUCUCAAAUUUGACCAAAAAUUCGUUCAUCUUGUCGUUUUCAACUGUUCGCCACAUCCACGUCGCAUUCCUUCGUAAAUUGGGGAAAAUCCGUUCCGAUUUGCUGGAAUAUCACUUAUAUAAUACGAUUUCAUAAGAAAAUAAAUCGCGAAAUAAGUAUCGAAGUUGAAAAGAUUUCAAACAAAGCAAAAGUUGACCUAAUAAACAUGUUUUUUCUUAUAACUUUGUGAGUUUUUCACAAAAUAUGAAAAUCUGCAUAUGUAAAUGAUCCUUAGUAGAUUCCUAACAAUCUGCAUAAAAAAUAUUGUGGAAAUGUUUCUUCUCUCGCUGAAAAACUGUAAAAAACUGAAAAUUCAAAAAAAAUUUCGAAAAAUAAAAAAAAGCGUCAGCAAAAACAACAAACGCGUCAGUAUUCACGUGACCCAUUUCUUGAAACCCCGCCCACAAUCGCUGAUUGGAUGACGUGAUUUUUGUCGAUUUUUUCUCUCUGUGUGUCAAAAAAUAAGCCAAGAAAUUAGGAUUUUUUUCAUUCAUAUCAGAAUUUUUAAUAUAUCAUGUUUAUACAUUGUUCAAUCAAAUUUCAGCGAUUCAAAAAAAUUUCAUCAAAUUUUUGAAAUUUUUUUACUUUCCUAGAAAAUUUCACUGUUUCAAAAUAUUUCUAUAUAUUUUCAGAAAAAUUUUGAAUUUAGUCCAACUGUCUUUUGGGGAGAAUAAAUAAAAAUGAAAAAAAAACCAAUAUAAAAAAAAGAAAAUACAACAUUUAUAAAUAAAAUUUAGAAAAUUUCAUAUCAAUUUUUUUACUGUUUCAAAAGUUCCAUUUGAAAUGAGAAAAUGUUUUUUUUGAAGAAUAGUGAUUUGUAAUUUAUGGAAAACAUUGAAAUAAAAGAAAAAUGCGAAAGCUUCCAAAUUUCUUGACUUUUCAUAUUAUAAAAAAUUCACUGUUUCAAAAAAUUAAUUUUUCUCCUAUAAUUGUGUUAAACACCAAUAAUACGUUGUUUUUCAUCUCCUCAAAAUUUCACUGUUUUAAAACUUGGAUGUAUUUUCAAUUAGUGAUAAUAAAGUUAAUCAUGAAAUUUGUAUAAACUAGUAUUCUCCAAGGGAAAAGCGACAUUGGAGAGAUUCUCAGGGUUCCCAUAUGUUAUACUUUAAACGUAUCCAUUUCUAGAAUCAGGGGGGGGGGUUCCCAUUCUUUUAAAUCCCCAGAAAUUUCUUCGCGAAAACACACAGCGUGUAUUUCGCGUCAAGGUUGCGCGUAGGAUUUGUUGUUUGCGGGCUGUCGGUGUUGACAUACACUCUUAUUUUUUCCGUUCUUUCUUUAGGUUUGGGAUUGAAUUAUUUCCCUGAAUUUUCCAAAGAUUUACGGAUAAGCUGUGCAUUUUCAAACCGUAAUAUUUCUAAAAAUGUCUUCUGAAAAUAGCCAGAAGACGGAGAAUCUUGACAUUUUCUGAAAAAGUUUUUGAAUAAAAAAACUCACUGUGUCAAAAAUUCAAUCUAUUCUCUCAAAUAAAUUCGAUACAAAAUUGAUUAUUCUUAAAUUUUUCCAGGUUUCACCACCGAUGAAUCAUCAGUCAUCGUAAUCGCCGCCACAAAUCGUGUCGAUAUUCUGGAUUCGGCUCUUCUUCGACCAGGCCGAUUCGAUCGACAAAUCUAUGUUCCAGUUCCGGACAUCAAAGGACGUGCCUCGAUUUUCCGAGUACAUUUGGGACCAUUGAGAACAUCGCUCGAUAAAACUGUGUUGUCGAGAAAAUUGGCUGCGCAUACACCUGGAUUUUCAGGUAAGAUUUGGGGGCGGGAUUUUUGUGAAAAAAAGAGAGAUUAAAAUUUAACUGUUUCAAAAAAUUCUCAUUCAAAAAUUUUUUAAAUGAAAUAAUUGGUUUCUCAGAAGCAUUAAUUGCAAAAUAAUUUCAAAAAUUUACUGUUUCGAAAAAUGUUCAUUCAAAAAUCAAUUACUCGUGAACGACUGAACCAAAAAUAAUGAAAAAUAGUGGAUGAGAAUUCUGUGAAUUUGUCGAUUUAGAGCUAUAAUUUUUUGUCUGAAACUGAAUGUUUUCAGUAUUUUCAGUCGGUAUUUUAUUCUUCUGAAUAGGCUCAAAAAUGCACUGUUUCAAAAGAUAUUAAUAUUUCUCAAAUAGUUUAUUUAUUUAUUUACUAUGAUCGGAAAAUGAAAUAGCGGAAUUCUUCAUAUUUUGUGCGGUUGAUCUUGUUUAAAAUCUAAUUGUAAACAAAAAUAUCAAAAAAUUCAAUGUUUCAAAAAUAUAUCAUGCAAUUUUCAAUUGAUAAUUUAUGGUUACAUUUACGUAUUCAUGAAAAUAUAUUUUUGAAACAGUGAAAUUUAUGUGAUGUUUAUUAACCCACAGAACAAAUUGACAAAAAUUCACUGUUUCAAGGAAUUUUCAAAUAAAUAUAAAAAUGUAAUAAAAUGAUACCAUAAAUUUUUUUUGUUAUGGGCCAAUGUAGAUUAAUAAUUUGUGACAAAAAAACAAAAAAAAAUCAUAAUUUUUGCUAUGCAGAAAAACGUUGAAAAACAAAAUAUACAGUUUAUUAUUUAUAAGUAGCGACUGCGUGAAAUUGAGAGAGUGCAGACAGACAAAUUAGGUUUUCGAACAGAACAUAUUUUUAAAAAAUAAUUUGUCUGUCUGCGCUCUCUCAAUUUCACGUUUUCUCUACUCAAAAAAAUUAAACUGUAUAUUUUGUGCUACGACAUUUUUCUGCAUAGCCAAAAUUAUGAUUGUUUGUGUUUUUUAAUUACAAAAUAUUAACCUGCAUAAGUCCAUUAGAAAAAAAUUUCACUGUUUCAAACAAUUUUCAAUAGAAUAUUUUUGAAACAGGCCUGUGCCGGAAAAUCAAAACCCGGAAAACGGAAAGUCGGAAAAUUUCCGGAUUUUUUGAACCGGAAAUCCGGAAAAUUCGGAAAAUUUUUCAAAGUCUGAAAUUUCGAUUUCCAGCCUUACGUUGGCACUAAAACUUAUUUUUAUCUACAAUUCUUCUAUUCACAGGUAAUUUAGUAACUAUUUGAGACGUCUUACGUUCAAAAAAAUAGUAAAAUUUGAAAAAUUGAAAAAAAAAUUUCCAAAAAUUUCAUUUUUUCUAUCAUAAACUGAGAAAAUUUUCCAAAAUUUAGGCAAUUUUGAAAAUAUUACUACUAGAGAUCGUUUCCGGAUUUUCCGAGCACAUUUUCCGGAAAACCGGAAAAUUGAUUUUUCCGUGAAAAAACCGGAAAAUCCGGAAAUUCGGAAAAUUCGGAAAAUUUCCGGCACAGGCCUGUUUUGAAACUACAUUGAUUGUAUUGAGAAAAAUUCACUGUUUCAAAAAUUCCUUGAAUAAAAUAUGUUUCAUGUUAAAAUAAUAGCGUCUAUAUAACAUGUUUGUGACAAAAUCUACUGUUUCAAAAAUAUUUUAUGUUCAAAAAAUUUGAUUGAAAAAUGUUCCUGUGUCUACUAGCAUCCACUAUUAAAAAAACAAAAAUACCGAGUAUAUUAUAUUGAUUAGAGACAGAGAAUUAGGGUGUUUGAACAAAAAGCCUAUUUUCCAGGUGCUGACAUUUCCAAUGUUUGCAAUGAAGCCGCGUUGAUUGCCGCUCGCGACGCCAACGACGAAAUUUCGGGAAAACAUUUCGAACAAGCAAUUGAGCGAGUCGUCGCCGGAAUGGAGAAAAAAACACAAGUUCUCCAAAAAGAGGAGAAGAAAACGGUAGCGUAUCACGAGGCUGGCCAUGCAAUUGCUGGUUGGUUCCUUCAACACGCCGAUCCUCUUUUGAAAGUCUCAAUUAUUCCACGUGGCAAAGGCCUUGGCUAUGCACAAUAUUUACCCAAAGAACAAUAUUUGUAUUCGAAAGAGCAAUUGUUGGAUCGAAUGUGUAUGACGUUGGGAGGACGUGUUGCUGAGGAAAUAUUUUUUGGACGAAUUACGACUGGAGCACAGGAUGAUUUGCAAAAAGUUACACAAAUGGCUUAUUCACAGGUACGUUUUUUAAAGGCAAAAUUUCCAGUUGCCACGUGGCUUUUUUGCACCAAUUUUUGAAAAGGUAAAAAAUUCUGCGUAAAACUCUGUUUUCAUUUUUGAUGCAACAAUUUUGAAUCUGAAAUCCACGUGGAUUUUUAGCACUAA